GUCUAGGCGCGGUGGUAGCAACAACCUGCCGCGCUAGUCCACGUCCCGUUAUCACAGCAGCGAUAGCGCGCGAUAAUCCGCCAUUGCACAACUUUUGUAUCUCGGCGUGCAGUUACCAUUGCGCUUCAUUAAGUAUCGCUCGUAAAAACGCGCACGCCACAGUAUACAUAUAGAUCGGUUUUUCUGUUUUUAGAGCUCUUAGACUCGGCUCAGUGCUUAACCCGAAGUCGCCGGUGGUCAUCGGCCUGGUGAGUUUCGCAAGUCCUGUUAUCUGUAUGACUCGUUUCACAUUAAUAUUCCACAGGAGCCGUUAAUGCGAACCUAGCCAGCUCUACGAUCGCUCGCCGUCAAUGAAAUUGUAAAUUACAGCGACAGUUAAUUCAGCUAGAACAUCCGUAACUUGACCCGAUACGUGACGCACCGGACAAACAAAAAAACGCCCAUGUUUCUAAUUCUACGUGUUAAUUGUAAACCGAUACGGGUUUAAAAAACUGAGGGACAAAGACAUUCCGUAGACGAGACGAGAGGGAAUCUUCGGAGGGCGGCGCGCAGACGGCUUUCAUCGUAUGUAAAUACGUGUCCCGCAAAAAACGUAUGGACGACCAAUAAAAACCCCGUGUGGGGAGCAGGGCCGGGCGUUGCGCGGGCGCACUCGCAGCCGCACUCUGCAGUUGCAUUCGGCCGCGCCGACGCGCGCACGCAGCCUCCACCCUCGCCCUCACUAUGCGCAUGCCCGCACCACCCACGAUCCUAGUUUUUGCAGUAUUCCGUUAACCACUAGAACUUCGCGUGCGAUCCGUUUCCGCUCCGCCGAUCGCGUAGAUUAAGGGUUGUGGACCGCUCAAUUGUGCCAGUCGCUCUUGAGCUGUGAUUAUGAAGGCGAACGCGGUCGCUCCAGUACCAGCGGGCGGGGAGGCGAGCCCCGCGGGUCCGCCGGCCGAGGACGCCAUGAGGGGAGUCGAAGGGACACCAGAGGAACAGGAAAAAUUAGCGACAGGAAACAACAAUGGCUCCCUGGACUGCAAACUGCCGCCCCAGCAGGCAGUCCCUCGCUCCGCCUUCCAUUCCACACGAGUCUUCAUGCUGGUUUUCCUCUCCGGUUGGGUGCUGCAGGGGAUGUUCCUCACCUAUUUCGUGAGCGUGACGACAACAGUUGAGAAACUUUUUAAGAUAGAGUCUAGGACGACCGGGACGUUGCUGGCGGCGACGGAGAUCGGUCAGAUAUGUACGGCGUUGUUUUUGACGUACCUGGCGGGGCGAGGGCACCGGCCGCGAUGGAUCGCGUGCAUGAUGCUGGUGCUGGCCGUGGGGGUGAUCGGCUGCGUGCUGCCCCACUUGAAAUACGGGACGGAGUUGUUGGAUGUUCACUUAGAUUCCCACAGAGGCGGGGCAGCUCCGAUCUGUUCCAACGGGACGGCGAACAACAGCUCGUGUGACGCCGCGCACGUGCAGAGCACCGCGAACCGCGCGUCGAUGACGGCGGUGGUGAUCCCGUGGCUGUUCGUGUGCCUGCUGGUCGUGGGCGUGGGGCAGACGGGCAUCGCUACGUUGGGGAUCCCCUAUGUCGACGACAACGUUGGCAGCCGACAGUCGCCACUCUACAUGGCGAUCACCAUCGGCAUCAGGGUGAUUGGACCAGCGUUGGGCUUCCUGCUGGGGGCUCUUUGCACCAGGGUGUACGUGGAUCCCCUCAUUGAUCCCGGCUACGAUUCCAGUGACCCGCGAUGGGUGGGAGCUUGGUGGCUUGGGAUGGUGUUCAUUGCCGGAUUCAUCGUGAUCCUGUCGGCGCUUAUGUUCUUCUUUCCGAAGCAGAUUCGGCAGGACCCUAUGCCUGUCAUCAGGAAGAGCAAAGAUAAGAGCCAGCCAUUCUUCAAAGAUUUCUUCGCCACAAUAAAGCGGCAGCUCACAAACGAUAUCCUAAUGUGGCGAACAGCUUCAUCUGUACUCCACCUGAUGCCGAUCUCUGGAGUCUACAGCUUCCUGCCCAAGUACCUCGAGAAGCAGUUCCGACUGCCCACGCACGACGCUAACUUAGUCUCGGGUUUGGGCGGUAUUCUAGUCAUGGGUCUGGGCAUCAUCACGUCGGGCGUGGUGAUCCUCAAGCUGGUGCCGACGGCGCGGCAGGUCGCCGCGUGGACGGCGGCUACCGCUGCCAUUUAUAGCGCCGGCAUGGUGGUGCUGAUGUUCGUGAGCUGCCCCGAGGAGAGCUACCGCGCGCUGAGCUCGGGCGUGACGGGAGCCGGCGGCAACCUGUCCUGCAGCGCGGCCUGCGCCUGCGACGGCGUCGCCUACAGCCCCGUGUGCGGCCAGGACGCGUACACGUACACGUCGCCGUGUCAAGCGGGCUGCCUCGGCAGCGUGCAGGUGGACAACAGCACGUGGCUGUACCACGGCUGCGGCUGCAUACCCAACAACGGCACCGCGCCCAAGGCCACCAGCGCGGUUCCUUUCGAUCGCUACGCGCUUUUCAACGAGUCAUCCGAUAUACUCAGCGAGAUCCAAUCCGACGAGUUCAGUCUGUCCGGGUACGCGGUGACCGGCGAGUGCGGCGGCCCUUGCAAACAGAUAUACGCGUUUAUUGCGAUAUUCGCUGCACUUAUGUUUGUACACGCGAGUGGGGAGGUCGGUGCGGUGCUGCUCAUUAUACGGUGUACGGAUAAACACGACAAGGCGAUGGCGAUGGGCGUGAUCCAGUUCGCGAUCGGCGUGUUCGGCAACGUGCCGUGCCCCAUCGUGUUCGGCGCCGCCAUCGACGCCGCGUGCCGCGCGCGCGACGUGCUGUGCGGCGCGCUCGGCGCCUGCGCCUCCUACGACAACGACAACUUGCGGCAUCUGUUCCUGGGGUUGUCAUCGGGGCUGAUGUUCCUGGCGUUCAUCAUGGACAUGCUGGUGUGGAGCCGCGCGGGCCGCAUCGACAUGAACCCGGGCGACCGCGCACCACCAGUCCCCGCGCGACCACCACCAGCACCAGGCGCCGCUCGCCGCCGCCGCGCAGCCGCCGGAAAGCCAACUUUGACAGCUUUACGAGUCACACUUCUAAACGGUGACAACCCUGCAAGGUAACUACCGCUGGGUUAAC